AUGAGGAGAUUUGGUGACAAAAUAUUUUCUCCACUUUACUCUUCGGCUCUGCCUCUAGAUCUCCACUCCCCCAGCCAUUCCCGCAGUCCCGCUGAAGACUUCCAUCAGCCCACAAAUCGGCGGCCGUCGCUCCGAUCUGCCCAGGCAGCACACUUCAUCUCUGCCCUCUUCCUCGCCGGCCGGAACUCGCCAGCACCACCACUACACUUUGUGAUUUUUGAUUGGAAUCGCCAAGCUUUAAACUUUUGGGCAUCAUCUUUUUCAGAUCCAUUGGAAUACUGUUCACAGGUGUGUACCUUCAUCCUUUGCAUGACCUGCUACUCUAGAAAUUUCUACAGAGUAUUUCUUCUUUUUGCUUCACAUAUUCUCUUCAAAGGACACUGGCUACGAUAAUCUUGUACUACUUUUGUUGCAAGUCAAUUUUGAUGGUAAUAGUUGGUCAAUGAAAGCUUUCUUGCAUUUCCUUAUUUUUUAUUUUGGGAAUCCUAAACCGAUAGGAUGUAGUGGGCUCCCGUCCAUUGAUGUAGGACAGAGUUGGAAUAGGACUAAGUAUAAUCAAGCACAAGAGAAAGGGGUUGUUUUUGGGGCUGUGAACAGUAAUACAUGAAUAGUAAUUUGUAAAAGAAUAAGAAGAGAAAG